AUGGGAUUUCAUAUUCUCUUCUUAUAUGUCAUUUUGAUGCCAUUUAUCAGUUUUGGAAAUAGUGCUCAAGAAUCCCAGAACUUUACAAGUAAUCGCAAUGAUUUGAAAGCCUUGACUGGAUUCUCUAACUGCCUAGAAUCAGCUAUUUUGGACUGGAACAGCUCUAACUCCCCUGAUUACUGCAAUUGGUCUGGUGUCACUUGUGAUGCCUUGCCUGGUUCAGUCACAAGAGUGGUUCGCUUGGAACUUGGAAACAGAAGACUUGGUGGAAAAAUCUGUGAAUCCUUAGCAGGUUUGGAUCAACUAAGAGUCCUGAAUCUUUCCCAGAAUUUCUUGAGUGACUUUGUUCCUGACAAGUUGUUUCAUCUUCAAAACUUGGAGGUUAUAGACUUGAGUAAUAAUUAUUUUGAAGGCUCUAUAAAUGCAGCUAUCUGUACCUCUUUGUCUCAGCAUCUGUCCAUUGAUGGAAAUGAUUUGUCAGGAAGCAUUCCAGAGAGUAUCUUUCAUCUGCAAAAUUUGAGUGUACUUUAUCUGCAGGAUAAUAAGCUAUCUGGGCCACUGAAUAAGAGAGUUGGUAACCUUUCAAACCUAGUGGAAUUGGACAUUUCCAAUAAUGGGUUUUCUGGAAUUCUUCCUGAUAUCUUUGGGAGCCUCACACGGCUUGAGGUUUUCUCUGCUGAGUCAAAUAAAUUCACUGGUCAGUUGCCUGCAACAUUGGUGAAUUCUCCAUCUCUUCAAAUGCUUAUUAUGAACAACAACUCUUUGAGUGGUUCAAUUAAUUUGAAUUGUUCUAUGAUGAAAAAUCUAACCUCCCUUGGUCUUGGUUCUAAUCAGUUUCAUGGUCCAAUUGGCAGUCUAUCAAAUUGCCUAAGAUUAGAAGCAAUUGAUCUUGCCCGUAACCAUCUCCAUUGUGGGAUUCCUGUUGACUUCAAGAAUCUUCAGUCCCUAACCCAACUCUCACUUUCAAACGCCAGCCUGCAUAAUUUGUCUGCAACACUUGAGGUUUUAAGUCACUGCAGGAACUUAAGUACACUAGUCCUUACUUUGAACUUCUGUAAGGAAGAAAUGCCACAAGGUCAAAAUCUAGAUUUCAGUAAUCUCAAGGUUUUUGUCCUGGCCGACAGUCAGAUUAAAGGUUCAAUCCCAAAGUGGUUAAGCGGAUGCAAAAUGCUGCAGAUGCUGGAUCUGUCAUGGAAUCAUCUCAGUGGAAGCAUUCCCUCAUGGUUUGGCAAGUUUAACAAUCUCUAUUACUGGGACUUGUCAAAUAACUCUUUCACUGGCAACAUACCACAGAGCUUGAACAUGGUCUUGAGCCUCCAGUACAGGAAUUUUUCAUUAGAAGGAAAACUUUCUGCCUUUCCCUUUUACACUAGUGGGAAUAUGAAGGGUAUGAAGAACAAAUACAAAAAAGUUUCAAGUUUCCGACCAUCUAUAAUUCUCAGUUACAACAAGCUUCAAGGACCAAUAUGGCCAGGUUUUGGUAACCUGAAAGGGCUACAUGUUAUGGACCUGAAACAUAAUAGCCUAUCGGGACCAAUUCCUCUCCAAUUAUCAGAAAUGACAAUGCUGGAGAUUUUGGAUUUGUCUCACAACAAACUCUAA